GCGAGAGGCCAUUCCAUUCUCAGUGGUCAGGAGGACAUCGCUCACAAGCAUAUAUGAUGCUUACAGUAUGGUGUUCAAUGCAUCUGCAAAGAAAUAUUUGUGGAUUAAUAAUUCACUUUGCAGCGAAGUCUUUGUCAGUUAAAAGAUCCUUGUGCAGUUUUCCAGUCUCUAUCCAGAGGACAGCAGAUGGGACCGUGGAAUAGGUUGUCAUUUCUCCACAACGAUAAGAAUUAAAACAGCAAUGGAUGCCAUGCCAGAGUAUUCCCUUUUCCUUGUGAGGAUUUUGGAGGAAUUGGAUACUAAGUACAGCACUGUUUCAUAUCAAGAUCUCUGUAAAUCACUGUGUGCCAGAUUUGACUUGGUCCAUUUGGCUAAGUUAAGGAGUCUGCUAUUCUACACAGCAUGUUUGGAUCCAGCUUUCCCCGCAACCUUAUUCAAAGACAAGAUGAGGUGCUCACUGGAGGAUCAACAGUCGAAGAAGCUCAUGGUAGCUGCGGAUAUUGUUACCAUGUUUAAUCUCAUCCAAAUGAAUGGAGGCAUGGCCAAAGACAAGCUGCCAAUGGGUCAAAGACCCAAAUUUCACAAGAACCAGUCCUUUGAGUCUUGUCGAUCUGACACAGAUGUUUAUAAAUUUAACAAAAAUGAUAGGCCCUAUAAUCUCUUGGACACCAGGGGUCAUCAUGUCUCUCGGAAUUCACCCUGCCCUAAAUCUGACUGCAACAACUGCCAGCAGUUUAUACCGACCUCAGACCCCAACUUUCUCUUGGGAGUCACCAAGGAUCUGAAAUGUAGGGCAGCAUCACUGGAUAAGCUACAGCAUCUGCCACAGUACUCCAGUGUCAGUCCUCCACCGUGUGAGAUGCAGAGCACUUACUUCCCCAUGGACAUCGACAGCGAGUCCAACACGGACCAGGAGUCUCUCCACAUCAAUCCAGGAAUCAAGGAUGUUUUCAUGUCUAGUGGAGAGCCUUUCACUGUGCACUCUUGUGUGCAAAAACUGAAUACUUUCAAAGAAGAUUUCCACAACCUUGUUGCCUUUUCACCUCAUGUGAUCACUGCAGAGUGCAGAGCAAAUUCCAAAGCUGGAGGAGAUUACCACAGGAGGGAGCUGAACAAGCCUCCGACUUUUUUCAAUCACAGUUUUGAGCUGCCGUACAGCAACCCUUACUUCGAACCCAUGAGCUCACCCAUCCAGAACAAAGGGCGCGUGAAGCAUGAGAGUCUGGACGACUUGCAAGCAUCCACUUAUUUUGGACCUACAACUGUCUCCGAGUUUGUGAGCAACAGGAGGGCUUCUAGCAAGCAUGGCAAACAGCCAGCCUGGCCAGUCAAGAGCUUGAGCCUCAACAAUGAAGAGGGCCCUGACUUUGAGAGGCCUUUCUUGAAAAGCAAAGGGGCUAUGGACAAUCACCGUUAUAACAUCAGCACGAUGGACAAUGACAAACACUUUCAGUUUGCAAAAGAAAAACCCACUGCCUCUCCCUCAGGUUUCUCCAAGAAGACCAAUGGACCUAAAACAAAAGACAUGAAUUCUGUGGUUUGCGGACCUAGUGUUGAGAAAAGAGAGGUUGGGAAAAGGUUUAAGGACAAGAGCAUCAACUGUCCAUCAUUUCAGAUUGGUAAUGUGGACAAUGGUAUGAGUGUUGGGACACAGACAGAACAAUCUGAACACAAGAAAGAUUACACUAGUCACAAUAAAUAUGGAGAGAGGCCACCGUUCAAACACUCAGAUGAAGACUCUGAAAUUAUUAGUGAUGAUAUAAGUGACAUCUUCCGCUUUUUGGAUGACAUGAGCGUGUGUGAUUCUAUUGGAGUUGUGCAGUCAUCAUGCUACAACAGCAAUGGCUCGCUUUCUCAGGUGGCAAAAUCAGAUGGUGACAGCUCACCUGAACAUAACACGAUCAAGCAGGGCAAAACUGGCAUCAAGCUCGACCGACUCUUCCAGUCACUGGAAAACUCAGACGAUGAACUCAGACAGAGUGUAUGCAAGCUGGUUCUUAGGAUCGGUGAGAUUGAGAAAAAACUUGAGUCUCUUUCUGGUGUGAGAGGCGAGAUUUCACAGGUCCUCUCAAAGCUUACUAAACUGGAUGAGAAGAUUCAAGAACCAGAGACUAAUGGGAAAAUGAGCGAUAAUGGCAUAGUGGAACAGAAUAAGUCUGACAUUAACCUCUCGACUCAUGUAUUCCAGUGUAACACCACAGGACACAACAUGAAAGUCGAAAAAAUUUCAGAAUGGUGCUGCUCAGAGGUUGAAGGGAGUGAAAGCCUGAGGGUCAAAGCAUUAAAGAAAAACAUGUCCACACGUAGGUCAUCCAGGUCGCUAACCGAAGAGAACAGCGCCACUGAGUCCAAAGUGGCCAGCAUCACUAACUCACCUCGUGACUGGAGGACUGUUUCUUACUCCAGCCAUAAAGGGGAAGAAGGAAAAGAAAGGGAGCGACAUAAUGAAGGCAAGGAUAGACACAGGAAACCCAGAGAGACAGAUCGACAGUAUGAUGCCCACCAGGCCCACCGUUCCUCAAAGCUGCCCAAGGACUCCUACCUGGUGGAGCAGGUGUUCAGUCCACAUCACUUCCCUCAUGCAGUCAAAUCUCACGUGAAGGGCAGCCCUCUCUACACAGAUUUGCGCCUGACCAGCCUUGCUGAUGGAAAGCGUUCCCAGCCCUCCUGGACAAUAGAAGAGUACAAACGCAACUCAGGAGACAAGAGCAAGCUCAGCCCUUUGGACUUGCAGGUCCAGGAGUCACUCAACCCCAACAAUCUGGAGUACUGGAUGGAGGACAUCUACACACCCGGCUACGAUUCACUGCUCAAGCGUAAGGAGGCAGAGUUUCGCAGGGCCAAGGCAUGUAAAAUUGGCGCGCUGAUUGUGGCGGCUGCCUGCACUGUGAUACUGGUCAUUGUAGUGCCCAUUUGCACCAUGAAGUCUUGAGUUUUCUAUUUUCGUUUAGGAUGGUGUUCAAAUCAGUGUAUUCCUUUCUGGCAAAACAGACACUGGGUUAACCCAAAUUUGGGACUCUAGGGAAGGAUUCUCCUUUCAGUCUGUGAUUAGGUCUAAUUUCAGCCACUGGCCUUAGACUUUCUGGGAAUGUCAAUUGAAAUAUAUUAGAACAAAGAGUUAAGGAUUGCAAUUUGACAUUUUAUUUUUUAUUUUCAGAAGUCAGUAUUUAUAACUUGAAUAAAUAAUUUGUUAUUAUGUUGUAAGAGAUGCACCCUUGUUUUAUAGUCCAAAUGUAAUGUAAUAAUAUGUUUUAUGUCUGGUUUUCUGGUAUUACAAUUGAAAAAAGGAAAGCUUUAUGUUUAAGCGUAUUAUAGUUUUUUACUUUACUAUGAUUAUAAGAAUUUUAAUGAGAGUUAUUUUUUGAUGAAUACGCAAACAGAAUGUUUCAAAGAGGAGUGGAAUUUUUCUUUGGGGAUCACUAGAAUGUUUGGGCUUGUGCAAUGCCUUUUUCUAAGGAAAAUAUACUCAGAUAGGGAAAAAUAUAAUGAAUUGCUGUGUGUAUUCAAUUCAGAAACCACAUCUGAACUUAUAAGAACAAUUCACCUUAAAAUGUUAAUUCUGUCAUUAUUUACUCAACCUUAUAGUAAAUAAUGGCCAUUGAACACAAAAGACCAUUGAAAAUAAAAAUGCCAUUUGUUCUCACUCCUGCCGUAACCUAACAUGAAGUGAGUUGGAUAUGCGGAAUGGAGAAUGAGAUUUAAAAAAAUAAUUUUUUAUGACAUUUCUGUAUGAAAUUUAGAGAAAUGAGAAAUGUCUGUUAUUCACACAACAACAUUGUAUGGCUUUAGAAGACUUGGAAAAUAGAGCACUGGUUAUUUGGGCUAAUUUGUAGUUACUUUAUGGUGUGUUUAGGUCCUUUUUGGAGCUUGACAAGCAUGGUCAGAAUGAGCUGUUAUUGUUGCAUGAAGAUUCUUCAAAAUUAAAAAAUUGUGCUCCACGAAACAUUAAUAAAUAAGAGCAUAUAGGUUUGCAUUGACUUGAGAGUAAGUAAAUAAUGGCAGAAUUAAAAUUUUUGGAUGAACCAUUCCUGAAAGUGAAUGUGUGAGGGUUUUAAUGUUCAAUGGAAGGACAGUAAAAUGACUCAAUUCAUGAUAUGUAUUCAUUAUAUUUAAAUAGUGACACUUGACUUUAUUUCCUUUUGAUUGUACAUGAUUUUGAAUACAGUAAUUCAAAAACAACUAUAUCAUAGCACAUAGCUGCUUACUUUUUGAUUGUAAUUAUCCUUUGCCUUGUUAUUUCAUAACUAAUCAUUCUAUACUUGAAUUGUCAUAUCACUUUAAAAUUAGCUCAGUCUUUCUGAAAGUGGAAUGUUUUCUUGAACUUAUUUACUGGUGUUUUGAGCUUCUAAUAUUGGAUCUGACAGACACAACUGUGAACUUUCCUUAAUAAUGUUCACUUAAACAUGUUUGCUUUACACCCAUAAUAGGAAUGAUGCAUCAGAGAAGUCAAGCUGCAAGAUCAGUGAGUGAAAACUGCCUGUUGGUCAGAAACUAGAGUUUAUGGAUUAUACUCCGGCUGUUUCAAAACCUGAUGAGCUGCCUUGUUGUCUACUGCCUAUGUAGGCAACAUCCUAACUGAAAUGGAACCUCAUAAUUGUGAUGAUUUGGAACGCUCUGCAUAGGCAGAUAAUACACCGAUCAGCCACAACAUUAAAACCACAUUAAAACCACUUGCCAAAUAUUGUGUAGGUACCCCUCAUGCCACCAAAACAGCGCCUACCCGCAUGUUGAUGAGAGAGGUCAACGGAGAAUGGCCAGACUGGUUCAAAUUGACAAAGUCUACGGUAACUCUGAUAACCGCUCUGUAAAAUUGUGAUGAGAAGAAUGCUAUUUUGAGAUGCGGGUUGGUGCUGGCAUGAGGGGUACCUACACAAUAUUAUGCAGGUGGUUUUAAUUUUGUGGCUGAUCGGUGUAUAGUCCAUUUAAAUAGAGUUUGACGUUAGCAUUUUGUAAGCUAAUGCUGCAAAACACAAUAAGCAGAAACAUAGACAGAACUCACAAAUAUUGGAUGAAAUAGUCAGAGGGGAAUUCACAAAGAAUGAGUCCAUUACAAGACAUUUUUAUUUGCAGGGGGCAUUUUGGGAUAGUAAAGUGUCCAGUGGAUGCACACUUAGAAUCUUAUCGGAAAGAGUGAGGUCAUCUAUGUAUUUCUAGCAUGCUGUUUUAUGAAUAUUCAGGUAUUAGACACACUACUCCAUUGGCAGGUUUUUGGCAUACUAUAUUAGGGAAGUAUGCAUAUUUGGAUGCAGGUUGGGCUUGUCAUGUUGCAGUGCAUUAUGGGAUUGCAUUCUCUCUGAUUAUAACGUGAUGCUGAAUUUGGACAAUAGAAGUCCAUUAGAAGGCAUCGUAAUUAUAUCUUUUGAAACAGCCUUUGCGUCAUAAGUGUGCAUAUGAUGCGUUAAAAUGCUGCCUACAUAGGCAGCUCACUAGAUUUUAGUGUCUAGGAAAAACAAAACAGAACAUCUAGUAAUAACCAAUCAAUACUUGCAAGUUUUUCUGUUAUCAUUAAUCUGUCAAUGUCAAAGGGAUACUGGCUAUCCAAUCAUUUUUGAGGUUACAGCACAUCAUUUGAAAACACAAUGACAGCUACUAAUUACAAAAUGGUAUGUUUCUUGUACCCCGACAAAUACAUAUGGCUUGUCUGUUCAGUCUGUGUGUCAUGGCAUGGUUGAUGCUGUGAAAUUUAAAGGUGAAGAAUGUAAUUUUCUCAAUGUUAAAAUGCUUUAUCCUAUCCCUGUUUAAUGUGCAGAGUCAACUUCAGGCCAUACAUACAUUGAAUUCCUGAAGAGUGUAAAUGCUGUGCUGCUUUCGAAAACACUGCUCAGAUUCAGCGGUUCAACAUGUCUUCUGGCUAGACCAAAAUCUUUUUGGCCAGCCAAAGGCUGAUUAAGGUUUUGGAAAGCAGUUUGGAAGCAAUCAUUAUUUCUGCAUUUCUGUUUGUUGCCACUAGUGGCAUAGAAAUUUGACCUUGAGAAGAAACUGGAUUUGCACAUUGAAGUGGUAUGAAUAGAAUGUUUAUUUAGGGCAUAUGUAAGAAUUUACAGAUACUACUUUCAAUAUGAUGUUUGUUUCUUAUAUAGUUGAUGAGAAUUCUGCAACAAUGUUUCAAAAUAUACCUAUACAUUCAUAUAACAAUUUCCACUGUAGUUUUACAAUGUUAUACUCAGAGACUUAAUUGACAUGAUCAGUAAUUAGGGCAUUUGAAUGUGAAAUUUUCUUUGAUUGGCUGAAUGUCCAGUGACCUCGCCCUUUGACACAGGAACUGUGUGUUGUAGCACGCUGUAGAGCCCUGUAAAUAAUUUCAGGUUCAAACCACAAUCGUGUGAAUAAAGUGUUACUGAAGUCAUAUUCCAAUAAAUUCCAAUAAGUUCA